CUCAAAACUAUAAGAAAUAUUUUAGAAAACUCGAUACCUGGUUCUAAAGUUGAGGUGUAUGGUUGGAUACGGUCUGUACGAGUUCAAAAGAACGUGUCUUUUGCAGUCAUCAAUGAUGGUUCGAAUCUAAAAGGCAUGCAGGCUAUUCUUACAAGUGAAGAAGCCAAGAAGUUCCAUUGUGAAGGUGGCGGAGAAGUGUUUAAGGUCUCCACUAACAAAACAAAAAAUAUUAAGGAUGAACAUACUAAAGACUGUUUAACAGGGAAAGAAGCGUAUGACUUUUUUGGAUCACCUGUAUAUUUAACUGUUUCGGGACAGCUACAUGCCGAGAUUUUUGCCUGUGCAAUGUCAAGAGUUUAUACGUUUGGUCCAGUAUUCCGUGCAGAAGAAUCUCUCACAUCAAGACAUUUGGCAGAGUUUUGGAUGUUAGAAGCAGAGAUCGCAUAUAUGCUUAAUUUAGAUGAAUUAUUGGACUUUGUGGAGUGCUGUCUUCGAGAGACUACAAGGCACAUACUCAAUACUUGUUCACAAGAUUUGGAAUUUUUUAACCAAUGGGUUGAUAAAGAGCUUUCUACUCGUUUGGAAUACAUCACAAAUAAACCUUUUAUACGUAUGACAUAUUCAGAAGCUAUGGAUAUACUUUCUAAAGCCAAUAAAAGAUUCGAAUUUCAACCUAUACUAGGUAUUUCAUUUCACAGUGAGCAUGAAAAAUAUUUGGCAACCGAUUAUUGUCGUGGUCCAGUUUUUAUUACAAAUUACCCUAAAGAGAUAAAACCAUUCUAUAUGCGUGUAAAUCCGGAAGGAAAAACAGUAGCAUGUACCGAUUUACUUUUCCCCAAAGUCGGAGAGGUAGUUGGUGGAAGUCUAAGAGAGGAACGCUAUCAAGAGUUAGUACAAAGAUUAAAAGAAUUUAACUUGAAUACAGAAGAAUUUCAAUGGUAUCUUGAUUUGCGAAAAUAUGGGACUAUUCCUCAUGGUGGAUUUGGGAUUGGAUUUGAAAGAUAUUUACAAUAUGUGACUGGUAUAGACAAUAUACGCGAUGUAAUACCAUUUCCAAGAUCAACAAAUUAUUGUAAAAUUUAA